AUGGAAUCGACGGGAGGUCCCUCAGCGUCUUUGAAGAGACUGGUCUUCGGGUUCGACUUCAAUCAGCGAAUUGACGGGGUUGUUCUCCCAGCUUCGACGCAGGAGGUUAGGUUCGGGACCAACUUCAAUCAGCCGAUCCAUAGGCUCGAAUGGCCUGAGUCCGUCCAGAGGCUUACCUUUGGGUUUGAUUUCAACCAAUCUAUUGCCGACGUAGUGUGGCCAGCUUCACUGGAGCAGGUGGAGUUCUUAGCAAAUUUGAACGAAUCCAUUACGAAGGUUGCGUGGCCAGUCUCGCUGGAGGAGCUGAAGAUCGGGCUGACCUUCGGCAUGCACUUCAACAAGGCGAUCGAAAACGCUUCGUGGCCGGAAUCGCUGCAAACGUUAGUGUUUGGUAUGCGCUUUAACCAGCCGAUUCGGGACGUUUUCUGGCCAGAAUCUCUGCAGACGAUAGUUUUUGGCAAGUGCUUCAACCAACCGGUGAAAGGCGUGCGGUGGCCGGCAUCGCUGCAACAUCUGGCCUUCUCCGAUGACUUCAACCAGUCUUUCGACGGGGUAUCUUGGCCGGAGUCGUUCCGGAAGCUAACACUCGGCCAGGGCUUCCCGUCACUACGCCUCGAUAGCACCACGCCUUCUGUCUCCCUCGAGCACCCGAUGGCCACAAACCGUCCCAGUGAAACGCUGCCAGCCUGGCCUGGCGUAGAGGUCGAAUUGGCGUGGGGGAGUAGCCCUUUGACGUGA